AUGGCUGCGGAACUUACUUCAACUCGGCUCAAUGCGGAGAACCAUCUGCUCUUGGUAUUGAACUCUUCGCCCCCUACCUAUUGCUGGCUUGCACCCCAUUCUGAUACUAAUUCUGUCGACUACUUGCAGGACCAACCUCUCCUGCGCUUACCACAUGAGCUUGCACGUCGGAACUUCAAGUCUGUUCAGCGCCUCGUCGAGCGAGAAAAGGAGUACGUCCUCCCCGCACUCAAGGAGACCGCCAAUGCAUCCUUAUCAAAUGAGCAAACGCCUGACCAAGCUCUUGCUGCGCUCGAUGCUAUGAUUUCCCGCAUGCAAGGCUUGAAACGGAAAAUGGAGAAUCUACAUCAGGAGGAAAGAAAAAUUCAAGAGCAGUCCCGGAAGCGUAUCCAGCACCUAGAGAAACUUCACCAGAUUCCUAGCUUGGCAGACGUCCAAUACGAUCAGUGGGCGAGGGUCCGUUUGGACAGGCUCAUGAUAGAUCAUAUGUUACGUUCCGGAUAUAUCAAAAGUGCCCAGCAAUUAGCUCGUGAAAAGGGGAUCGAGGAUCUUGUAGAUCUCAACGUUUUCGUUCAGUGUCAACGGAUUGCCGAGAGUCUACGCACUGGUGAAACGAAGGAUGCCCUGCAAUGGUGUGGCGAGAAUAAAGCAGCGCUGAAGAAGAGUCAGUAUAAUCUGGAAUUCGAACUCCGAUUGCAGCAAUACAUUGAAAUGGUCAGGGCGGGGCAUAAAGAGAGAUUCAACGACGCUAUGAUCCACGCCAAAAGAUAUCUAGCGCCUUAUCUUGAGACACAGUCGGUGGAGAUUCAUCGAGCUGCAGGACUCCUCGCUUUUCCUCCGGACACCAAAGCUGAGCCGUACAAGUCGAUGUAUGCUCACGAGCGAUGGGCCUAUCUUUCCGACCUCUUUGUCCGCACUCACCAUGAGCUUUUGUCACUAUCUUCUCGUCCUUUGUUACACAUCGCUCUGUCUGCGGGAUUGUCGGCUCUCAAAACUCCUUCGUGCCAUUCGGCCUAUACCUCCUCCAGUUCGAAUUCGUUGUCCACAACAACAUCUGUUUGUCCAAUUUGUUCGACCGAGCUUAACGAGCUCGCACGAUUUACGGCCAGCAACGGCUGUUGGAGAUGA